AUGUUACCUGCUACUCAAAAUAGCAGUAGCAACACUAAUCGCUUUGCUGAAAUGCUGGAGCAAUUAAAGUCCGAGUAUGACCAACUUCACCAAGAAGCCGUUGUGUAUAAAAUGCAAAAAGACGACCUCGAACAUAAAGUCCAACAACAAACCGAAGAAGUCAAUCUCAUUCGUCAAGGUUUAUACGAUUUACAAGCGAAUCAAGCAAAGAUAAAACAACAGUACGAGCAGGAUAUCAUGCGUCUUCAACGUGAACUAGAACAACAGCGCCUGCAUGCACAUUCCUCAGGUCACCCGCCACCAUCUUCUCAUCCACCACCGGUCCCACCUCCACAAAUCGGGCAAAGUGGCUCUACUCUUUUCAAUGGCAUCAUGAACGGUAGUGGUCCUGGAUUAGUUGCACCAGCACAAAUGUCACUCGACCCUUCACAACAGCAACCGGGCCAACCUGGUCAUGGAUAUCAUGGCCCUCCCCAGAACGUUCCCCCAACUGGGAGUAGUUCGGCGCCUAGUCCGUAUAUGAAUGGAAGUGGUGCACCUCCAGGUGCACAGCUUGCACAAAAUCAACAUACUCCAAAACGAGCCCGGAUCGAUGAGGGUAUGCCCGGUACGGCUCAAGUUGGUAUGCCCAUCGGAUCACAGCCUCCCCCUUCUCAAAUGUAUCCAAAUAAUGGUAUACCACCCGCUCAAAUGUCUCAACCUAAUCAAUCUAUUGGACAACCAGGCGGAUACAUGUCUGCAAAUCAGAAGCCGGGAAGUAAAAUGCCUAAAGUUAUUCCAACUCUUGGUCCUGACGCAUCUUCAUCGGGAAUGCCUCCAAACGGUGCUCCUGGGUCUGUUCAAACAAAGCGUGCAAAACCCAAUGUGACUGCUCCUCCACCGGGGGCACGCCCGUCUAGCGGCAAACCGGGAUCAGUUCCUGCUUCGUCGUCGUUUGAUAUGGAUUUGGAUAAUAUUCCUCCUGGAUUCAAAAAGGAAGGAACAGAUUGGUUUGCAUUGUUCAAUCCAAAAAUACCACGUGUAUUGGACGUCGACUUGGUUCAUACUUUGGAACAUACCAGUGUCGUUUGCUGCGUAAAAUUUAGUUCUGAUGGUCGACAUCUUGCUACAGGGUGUAAUCGAAGUGCACAGAUUUACGAUGUUACGAGUGGACACAAGAUAGCUGAGCUUCUCGAUGAAGCAGUUGAAAAAAACGGAGACUUGUAUAUCCGUAGCGUGUGUUUCAGUCCAGACGGCAAAUUACUAGCCACUGGCGCAGAAGACAAACAAAUCAGGAUCUGGGAUAUCAAUAGUCAUCAGAUCAAAAUGAUGUUCACCGGUCACGAACAAGACAUAUAUUCAUUAGACUUUUCCAGAGACGGUGAAUUGAUAGUGUCUGGCUCUGGCGACAAGACUGCUAGAAUAUGGAAUAUGGUUACUGGAGAAAAUAUUUUCAAAUUGCCAGUUGAAGAGGCCAGCCAGAAGGAUGCGGGAGUUACAAGUGUAGCCAUCAGCCCUGAUAAACGAUACGUAGCUGCUGGUUCGUUGGAUAAGAUUGUAAGAGUGUGGGAUGUACGAACAGGAACUCUACUAGAGAAACUCGAAGGACACAAGGAUAGUGUGUAUUCUGUUGCAUUCGCUCCUGAUGGCAGCACGCUAGUAUCUGGUAGUUUAGAUAAGACUUUGAAAUUGUGGGACAUGACAUCUCUGGCAAGACAUCCGCAAGGCCUACCGUCUGGAGCCAAGCAUAAUAAGAUGACAUUCAGUGGGCACAAGGACUUUGUGCUGUCAGUUGCAGUAUCUCCAGAUGCUCGUUGGAUUGUGUCGGGAUCAAAAGACCGCGGAGUACAAUUCUGGGAUCCGAACAGUGGCCAACAACAGUUUAUGUUACAGGGUCAUAAAAAUUCCGUAAUUUCCGUAGCAUUAAGUCCGAUGGGUAAUAAAUACUUUGCCACUGGAUCAGGUGAUCUUCGAGCAAGAGUAUGGCGAUACUCGGAAGACAUGUAA